AUGGCAUCUAGCACGCAAAGUCCAGAAGGCGCAACAAAGGAACAGUGGGCCGAGUUAUGCCAGUCAGUCAAGGGCGCGUUGCUAGAAGAGCUGGGCCCUGAGAGCUGGUAUCUCGUCAUAGCGACCGUUUUGACAGUCUCACCAAAUCCACAAACAGUGGCAGACUUCUGGACAUACUUGACGACAUCGGAGCAAGAGUUCUCGACCCUAGAGGCACAGACCCGUCUUUCGGAACGUCUACGAGAUCUACUGAUCAAGCAGCUGACGCUGAUCGGCGCGCCUCAAGUGCUUGGUGCUUUAAUCCCACUCGCGAAGAAACAGCUCACGGAGCAGGGCAAGACCGGUGAGGAGGAGCGAGGUGAAUUGGAUCUUGAGCAGUGGUCCAAGACCGACUUCACACACCUCCACGCCCGGGGCAUUGAAGGCAUUACAUCAAUCUACGGAACACUAUGGCCGAAGAUCUUCAGCAGUUUCGGCCCCUACCGCCAGGAAAUGGGCAUUCAUGAACUCUCCAUCGUAUACGGACUCUACCUGUCCGAUUUCAGCAUCUUAUCCUCUCUGGAAACGGAAACCAUAGUAUACACCUCGAUCCAAUGCCAAGGUCACCGGGGCCCGAGUCUCUGGCACGUCCGGGGCAUGGGCCGCGUUUUGGGCGCGCGUGGCUCGGACGACGAGAACGAGAAGAUUCGGCGCAUCAAGGAUGUGCUUAGGGGUCUGAAGGUGGCGAUCAUGACCACGGUGGAGUUUUGCGGGCCGGAGAUGGUCCAGAGGAGUCGCCUGGAUGGUGGGUCGGAUGGAUUGCAGGGCUGGCCUAAUGUGGGAGACGUCAAGCGGGAGUUGGGUGGUUGGGGCGACGAUUGA